AACCCUCAUCGUCUUCUGCAUCUGUUAUUUCCAUCUUUUCUGUUGGGAUUAAUCUGCUUUGACCUCAUAAAAACCGGAAGCAGACGGAGGUUCACCUGGGAACAGCCUGGCUCGGACCAGACCAGCACUGAUCUGCUCAAGUCCAGUCGAAAGUUUCGCUGGUCCAGAGAAGCCCAGUAUCUGUAUCUUCGCCGCCUCUCUUCACGGAGCUACUCGGCUAUUAUGAUGAACCCGGUCAUGGAGGAGACCGUGUGGGAGCAGUACACCGUGACCCUACAGAGGGAUACGAAGAUGGGCUUUGGCAUUGCAGUGUCUGGGGGACGAGACAACCCGAACGAGGAAAGUGGAGAGACGUCCAUCGUAGUAUCUGACGUCCUGCAGGGAGGACCUGCUGAUGGCUUGUUGUUUGAAAAUGACCGAGUGAUACAGGUGAACGCCAUCCCCAUGGAGGGGGCCCUCCACUCCUUCGCUGUCAACACCCUCAGGAAGUGUGGCAAAGUUGCAAAAAUUACAGUCAAGAGGCCCAGGAAGGUUCCUGUCAACCCCCUAAACCGUCCCCCAUCACCUGAUGACAGAGUCUUCAACAAUGACUACAACGAAGAUUACAACUAUGACCAGGACCGCCGCAGUGUGUACAGCGCCCGAAGUGGAGGCGGGCGAGACCCAAGUCUAGAGAGGGAGCGCGGUGGGGGCGGCUACAUGGAUUCUGGCUACCAUACACGUGAGCGUGACUACGACAGGGACUAUGAUCGUCGGGAGCGUGGCAGGAGCAUAGACAGAGACCUGAGCCCGGACCGGCAGUACAGGAGAGACGGCAGCAGAGGUCGCACUUUGGACAGAGAACGCAGCCCGGAGCGCCACCACAGGAGUGACUACGCGCUCGACCGCGACUACAGUCCGGACAGAAGGUACCGCAGCGAGCGUGCGUUAGACAGAGACCACAGUCCAGAUCGGCGCUACCGCAGCGAGCGAGCCCUCGACCGGGAUUACAGCCCAGACAGACGCUACCGCAGCGAGCGAACGUUGGACCGCACAAACAGCCCAGACCUGCGCUACAGGCGUGACAGCCCGGCACGAGGUCAUGGACGGGACCACAGCUUCGAACGAGGACGUGAACGCAUCCCCAGUGACCCAAGAAAAUACGAGGAGCCAUUGAAGAGGAGUGGGAGCAGAGACCGUCUGGAGCGCUCGCCGUCACCUGCAGCCAUGCCCAUCCCUCUGCCCCGCCCCAACCGGGACCUGGAGCCACUGGAGAAACCCCUGAAUGUGCUGCUGCUGAAGAACCGGCCCAACGAAGAGUACGGCCUUCGUCUGGGCAGUCAGCUUUUCAUCAAAGAGAUGACCAGCACAGGACUCGCCAGCAGAGACGGGAACCUGCAGGAAGGAGACAUUAUAUUAAAGAUUAACGGUACGGUGACAGAAAACCUGUCGCUCAGCGACGCAGGGAAGCUGAUCGAGAAGUCCCGCGGGAAGCUGCAGCUGGUGGUGCAGAGAGACAAACGGCAGGUGCUGAUCCGAGUCCCCCCGAUGGUCGACAGCGACUCGGAGCUUGAUGAUAUCUCCGAGAUCGAGUCGUACCGCUCCUACUCUCCACAGGAUGACAGACGCGGGCAUCACUCUGACCUCUCCUCCCACUCCUCCAAUGAGCGGCUAAGAGAGAAGCCCAGAGAGGAUCCACCCAACAGGCUGGCCAAAAUGGGCGCCAUGCCGACGCCAUUCAGAAUUCCUGACAGGGCUGUAGAGGACACGCCCCCUUUGCCGGCAGAGAGGGAGGAGAUGCGGCCAGAAACGCCACCAGCACCAGCAGCCACAGUAGCCCCGAGGGUUCACGUUCCUCCUAAGGUGCCUAUAAAGCCAAGUAUAGAGGACCAAGACAUAUAUGGGGCAAACACAGUGAUGGUGCGUUUCCAGAAAGGUGACAGCGUGGGUUUGAGGCUGGCAGGGGGAAAUGAUGUUGGCAUCUUCAUCGCUGGCGUUCAGGAGGACAGCGCAGCUGAGCAGGAGGGUCUCCGCACAGGAGAUCAGAUAAUGAAGGUGAACAACAUGGAUUUCAGAGGCAUGGUGCGUGAGGAUGCUGUCCUCUACCUCCUGGAGAUUCCCAAAGGAGAAGAUGUAACCAUUCUUGCACAAAGCAAACCUGAAGUGUACAAGGACAUUUUAGAAUCUGGCAGAGGCGACUCUUUUUUCAUCAGGACCCACUUUGAGUACGAGAAGGAGGCUCCACAGAGCCUUCCUUUCAUCAGAGGAGAGAUCUUCAAAGUGACGGACACACUUUAUGAUGGCAAACUGGGCAACUGGCUGGCAAUCCGCUCUGAUAAAGACAACCAGCUCCUGGAGAAAGGAAUCAUCCCCAACAAGAGCAGAGCAGAGCAAAUGUCCAAUGUUCAGAAUGCUGCUCGGGCAGCAUCGGGCAAUGACAGAGGAGACUUCUGGAGGCUGAGAGGUCAGAGAGCGGCGAAGAAGAAAGACUUACGCAAGAGCCGAGAGGACCUGAGCGCAGCUCCAGUCACCACAAGAUUCCCUGCAUAUGAGAGAGUGGUCCUACGUGAAGCUGGUUUCAGGAGACCUGUGGUGAUUUUUGGGCCCAUUUCUGAUGCAGUGAAUGAAAAAUUGGGCAACGACAUGCCAAAUGAUUUUGUUGUCGCCAAGACGGAGCCCAAAGACGCAGGAAGUGAGAAAUCCUCUGGAGUAGUGAGACUAAACACCAUCAGACAAAUCAUUGAACAGGACCGCCAUGCCCUGCUGGAUGUUACUCCCAAAGCUGUGGACACUCUGAACUACACCCAGUGGUAUCCCAUAGUCAUCUUCCUGAACCCAGACAGCAAGCAAGGUGUCAAGACCAUGAGGAACCGCCUUUUACCCGGAUCCAACCGCAGUGCUCGCAAACUGUAUGAGCAGGCCGUCAAGCUGAGGAAGACCUGCUCACAUCUCUUCACUGCGACAAUCGACCUGAACUCGGCCAAUGACGCGUGGUAUGGCAGCGUAAAAGAUUCAAUCCGGGAGCAGCAGAACAGAGCUGUGUGGGUGUGUGAGGGCAAGUUGGACGGUUCAGAGGAGGACCUGGAUCUCCAUGAUGACCGCAUGUCCUACCUGUCAGCAAUGAGCGCAGACUACCUGAGCAUGGACAGCCGCCUCACCAGCGACUAUGAAGACACAGCAGAUGAGGGCGGGGCUUACACUGACAACGAGCUGGACGAGCAGUUGGAUGAGCCCCAGCCAGUGUCGGCCAUCAGUCGAUCGUCAGAGCCCGUAAUGCCAGACGAGAAAUCUCAUCCUGAACCUCGGGCUCGUAUGAGGAGGUCAGGGAGCAAAGAGGUGCUGAACAGAGAGCCCAGCCCCCCCCCCCCCCCUGCUUUUGUCCCUGAACCCCCAAAGGUGCGGGCUCAGACUCGGACUGACUCAUCGCGGAGCUAUGACUCACACUCCAGCAGCACCAUCAGCAGCGAUGCAGCGGGCGUAAACAAGCCGCCUCCCCCUCCUGUGGCCCUGAAGCCCACCGUCCCCCGUCUGAGCCAGCCGCCAGAGGAGCUGAGCCCAGAGGAGGACCCGGCCAAAAAAUCCUUCCUGGGCAAGAUUAAAGCUUUUGAGAAGAUGGACCACCUGGCUCGAGCUCAGAGGAUCCUGGAGCUACAAGAGGCAGAAAAUGCUCGAUUGGAAAUCGCCCAGAAGCAUCCAGACAUCUACGCCGUCCCCAUAAAACUGCCAAAACCCAACCUCAACCGUCCUCAGCCAAUAGGUUCAAGCUCCAAUCCUGAGCAGCAGACUCCCUUCAGGCCGCCGUACUCGGAGUCCAGAGGCUACGAGGACGAUGAGGCGGAGUACCGCAGACAGCUGGCCGAUCAGACCAAGAAAGGAUACUACAACCCGCAGAAAUACAAUGACACUGAGCUGUAAGUUGAAAAACUAGUAAGUAGCAUCAUCACUGCACACGGUGUGAUCACUCUCUCGUCACCACUACAAGCUGACAGCGUUCGUUGCCUUGGUAACAGCUCAUGCAGCUUUGCCUCGAUGUAAACUCUCAGAACUUUUUGUUUGUAUUCAGAUUCCUGGAAAAAUAUCUUUAUAAUACUGUUGUCUCGCUACUGUACAAAUAUCCUUCCUAUCCUUCCAGGACACACACACACACACAUAUUCUUAUAAAGAGUGUAUUUUGACAAGUUUACUGUCUGAAAAAUGAAAAAUGGCUGAUUUUAUGACUUUUCAGACAUGGUAUUUCAGUGUAUGUAUUUUUAUUUUCCACCUUAAUGCUAACAUCUAGCUCCAGUUUUUGUCUCUCGUGAAUUACCAUUGCAUUUGAGUUUACCUUAGAUCUGUAUAAUAACGGCACUCCCAAUGAACGGUCCAGCUCCAAAUAUAGAACAUUUAUUUGUGGCGGCUGAUGUUUUGAUGCUGGAGGGGCCAAACAAAUAAAUUUAUAUGUUGGAAACCAUGCUUUACUUUUAAUGCCAGUCAGUGUUGUUUGGCAACAUUUUUGGUUUUUCAAAUUUUGCCAGGUAUAUAUUAUUCAG